UUUAGACAUAAAUGGAUUUAGCCAUAAACUAUCUGAAACACAACAUUUAUUGCAGCGGUUAUCUAAUUAAUCAAUCAAUCUAACAAUCAAAAUGCCGUUUCCUGAAAAAAAUCCUCCAAAUGUUCCAAUCCUGCCUGGACCUGAUUAUAGAUACACAGUUGGAAAUCUAACAAUUGGGAAGUUGCAGUAUCAUCGUUCACAGUCGUUGGGAUGGAGGAAUGGAUGCCGUGUUGCUCGGCUUCCAGGAGGUAUAGGAGGGGAUACUCCAGUUCAUCAGCAACUACCUCAUUCUCCACAUAGUCAGUUGAUGAAUACCCAUGAAUACCCAGACCCUGAGGAUGUGGCAGGACUUACAAGAUAUGCUGCACCUCCACCAUUUGUUCCAAAAUUCUGCACUUUGGAUAAAAAAGUGUUAAGGUUUUGUGGACACUUUAGAGAAAAAGUUGGGGACGAAGAGAGGGUUCGAUAUAUCCAGCUUCAAUACCAUCUACAGGAUGAUACUAUUACCCUUAUAGGAAACAAUCUGUACACCAAGAAUAUGUUUACAUUUUUUUAA